UUUCAGUUUUGUUAAUUAAUGGCAAGGGAUUUUCGGGAAAAAUGGGUAGUAAUGGAGGCGAGCGUGGGUUGGCAAGUUCGCCGGCAGAACGGGCGGCGUGGCGGACGAAGUGUAGUGCGGCCAGCACUCGUGGCAACGGCACUCACUUGAUAUCGGCCGCCGCGCAGCGCGCCCGCUCCGCCGUCCGUCGCCUCGCCGGCACUCGUACUCGUAACGUAAAUAAUUCUGGACACGACACUCUAGUGCCAAACUAAAUUAUGAAAUGUUGUCAUCCACCCAACUUUAUCCCAGUGGCCUCGUUAACAUUCGACGCGGGAUUUUCGAAUAAACAACGGAAAAUGAACUUUUGCCUUUGUUGAUGUUAAUGCCUAUGUUUGUCUUGUGAUCCCAGUGCGAAGACGGCUUGAGUGAUGUUGAAGUAACAUUGAGAAAAAACGAAACGUGCUACACUGUUUUUUAAAUAGAUAAUAAAUACAACACAUGGGUAAGAAAAGUUAAUGCGCUGCUAUGCUGCUCUAAGCACAGCAGAAGCUUGACUAAAAUGUCGGACGAAGGCAGCGGCGAGUUUCAGCUCGGUUACUGCGACCCCUGGGGAAGCAGUUUCCAGAAAACUUUUACACAAUUCCACGGCUACAUCGCGCUGGUCAUCUGCCUGCUGGGCUCGGUCGCCAACUCCGUGAAUAUCGCCGUGUUGAGCCGCAAAGAGAUGGCCUCGUCCACCAACACCAUCCUCACCGGCCUCGCCGUCGCGGACCUUCUCGUCAUGAUAGACUACAUUCCCUUCGCAUUUCUUAUUUACGUGAAGGUCGGAACUGAACAAAGUAGAAACUCCUACGCCGCCGCAGUGUUCGUGUACUUCCACUCGAUCUUCAGUCAGACAUUUCACACCGUCUCAAUCUGGCUGACUAUCACGCUCGCGAUAUGGAGAUAUAUAGCGAUCAAAUUUCCACAAAUGAAUAGGACGUUUUGUAAUAAAAGAAAUACGAAUAUAGCUAUCACACUAGCGUAUGUUGUGAGUCCAGUAUUGUGUCUUCCUAUAUACUUUGCUAUGAAUAUCGAUCCAGUUCCGGGCAAAAGUAGUACAAAUGCCACGAUGAAUAACACGAGUGACAUGAACGUGACCUCCAGUCGGGUCGAGCCCGCUUCCAAGUUCGCCAUCACAAUGACCACUAACGGCGACCUACUGACUGCGAUAUUUUGGAUAUACAGUGUAUUUAUAAAACUUAUACCUUGUAUAGUACUCUCAAUUAUAAGUGUUUGUUUAAUUGUGAAAAUGAAGUCAAGUGAUAGAAGAAGACAAAAACUUUUGAAAAAGUCAGCCAUUACAACGAAUGAGGGUGAGAAGGCGCGCCUGAAUGAGGACGGGGCCAAGCGCGGCGGCGGGCGCACCGACCGCACCACCCGCAUGCUGCUGGCUCUGCUCGGCCUCUUCUUGGCCACCGAGCUGCCGCAAGCUCUCUUCGGCCUCCUGACGGCGACGGCGCCACGCUUGUUUCAAGUCUGCUACUAUACGUUCGGUGAGGUGAUGGACCUUAUGGCGCUGGUGGGGUCGGCUAUAAACUUCGUGCUUUACUGCAGCAUGAGCCGGCAGUUCCGCAGCACCUUCGGGCGGCUGGCGCGCAAGCUGCUGCCUCUGCCCGGGCCGCCGCAGCCCGACGCCGCGCCGCUCACGGCCCGCAAGGCGUAGCAUUCGCGCACCGCGACCACCUCGGUCGCGCAUCUAUGAUCCAAAAAA